GAAACGAGCCCCAGUUUCCAUGGAUCACUUUCACACUUUCACUCUCACAAGCCUUUGUUUGUUUCCUCUCCUCCUCUAUCAAGUCAGUUUAUGGCGUGUCCGUUGGUAGCAUAGGGUCAACUCAGUGACUUCAAACUAUUCCUUUUUCCUGACAGUGAGAAUCGCAGAUGUGGAAACGAUGUCGUACUGAGGAGAAACAGAAGCAGAGAAAAGCUGCUUUUCCAUUGUUGGGCACCCUAAUAGUUGAGUACUAACAUUUUGAUUAACGAUGAUAAAAUGUGGUAAAUCUCUUCCAUGGUCCUGCUUCUCUUGUUUAUUACUCUGUUUAUUAUCAGCGGAAUUCAUUCAAGCUACAUCAAAUUAAUGUUUUUGCUCUUAAAAAAGGCCAAAGUUUUGGGACAGUUUCAAAGCUUAUCCUAAACCCACAGUACCUAUCGAGGAGUUUCUUGAAGUCGGUUUCACGUGACUUUGUUGCCCCAUGCAGUUAAAGGCGCCGAAGGCAUCCCUUUGAAUCCAACCACCCGUUAUUAAAGCCCCAAUAUUAAAUGCAAGGCCAGAUGUUUCAACGCCAAAGUCAAUGACUUGUCCUCCUCCUCUGGCUGGAUAAUGAAUGGUGAGAAUUAGAUUCAAACUGAAAAAUAAGCAGAAAUCGGAUACUUCCUCAGCCUGAUCAUGGAGAAGUUUCACGGACAUGAAAUCUUUGUUCCGCUGUUACAUCUUCUCCUCCUGCUUCUCUUAUCCCUUCAAUGUCUUUCUUCGGAUUACACUCUUCCAAGUAAGUACUUCAUCAACUGUGGGUCAAGCUCCACUAUCAGCGAUACCACGAGGACCUUCGUCGGGGACGAGAGUUCUGACUCCUUCACCUUAUCUCCCAAGCAAGAGGCUGUUGAAGACAGCAGCCCUUCUCCGGCUACAUCUCAACUCUAUCGAACAGCGAGACUUUUCAGAAGCCCAUCCUCAUAUGAGUUUGAGAUCGACCAAAUCGGCAUUUACUUGGUACGCCUCCAUUUCUUCCCCUUUUCCUCCCCAACCGAUCUCUUCACUGCUCUUUUCGAUGUUUCGGUUUCUGGGUUACCCGUGUUGCUUCAUAAUUUCACUGUGCAAAACACCAGCAAUCUUCCUCUCAUAAAGGAAUUCUUACUCACCAUUAAUAUCAGCAAAUUCAUAGUGAAAUUUGAACCGUCUCAACAGUCGUCCUUCGCAUUUGUAAAUGCUAUAGAAGUCUUUAUUGCUCCUGAUGGCUUCAUCCCUGAUUCUGCUCUACUAGUUACUCCAGCAGGAAGUAACAAUAGUAGCUACAAGGGUAUAUCCUCUCGAGUUCUGCAAAAAGUUCACAGGAUCAAUGUUGGGGGCAGUGAUAUCGAACCCGAUUCUGAUACUCUAUGGAGAAAAUGGGUUCCAGAUGACCCUUAUCUUUUUAAUAAGAGCGCUGCAAGAAAUCGAUCUGCCUCUAAAGAGACUAGCUACCAGCGAACCUUGAGUGGUUAUAACGACAGUACUCGUUAUAUUGCCCCACCUCUUGUUUAUAUGAGUGCUAAAGAAAUGAAUAAAAAUGGCAGUGAUCCGUUGCAAUUCUUCAACAUCAGUUGGGGUUUUAAUGUGUCCAAGAAUGCUAAGCACCUUCUUCGGGUUCACUUCUGCGACUUUAUUAGUUCAUCGAUGUAUUUAUUGCUCGAUCUCUAUAUUUAUGGCUUCUUCAGUCUGAAAAUAGACAAUAUCUCCUUGGGAGCUCCGUUUUUCCUUGAUUUUGUAGUUGUUUCAGAUGAUUCUGGAUUUCUCAAUGUCAGUGUAGGGCCUCAGAUUGAUUCUCCAAUUAAAAAUGCCUUCCUCAAUGGCCUGGAGAUUAUGGAAAUCAUGGAGGAAUUGGGUUGGGUUUCUAUGGAAAAUGAGUUUAAGAAGAAAACUACUCCUCUCCUAGUUGGUUUAGUUGUCGGAGGUUUGGCUCUCGUCUGCAUUGUGAUAGUUGUGCUCUUGUUGAGAUCAAAAUGCAGGAAGGAAAAGCCUGCUGAAGCUUCACACUGGUUGCCAGUUACUGUUGAUGGGGGAUUGAGUUCCCACAGCAGGGUGUAUGAGGCAACCAUCCAUGGCUCCCCUGUUCCUUAUUUAAAUCUGGGAUUAAAAAUGCCUUUGGCUGAAAUUCAAUCUGCAACAAACAACUUCAGCAGCAAGUUGCUGGUUGGAAAGGGUGGAUUUGGCAAAGUCUACCAAGGAACUCUCAGGAAUGGCAUGAAAGUGGCAGUGAAGAGAAGUCAGCCAGGACAUGGCCAAGGCCUGCCUGAAUUCCAGACUGAGAUAUUGGUGUUAUCCAAAAUUCGCCAUCGCCACCUGGUUUCCUUGAUUGGAUAUUGUGACGAAAGGAAUGAAAUGAUCCUGGUUUAUGAAUUUAUGCAGAAGGGGACUCUGAGAAGUCAUCUUUAUGAUUCAGAUUUGCCGUGUUUAUCUUGGAAGCAAAGGCUGGAAAUUUGCAUUGGUGCAGCAAGGGGACUUCACUACCUCCAUACAAGUUCAGAAGGGGGAAUCAUUCACCGUGAUAUUAAGUCCACAAACAUCUUGCUUGAUGACAACUUUGUUGCUAAAGUUGCUGAUUUUGGAUUAUCAAGAUCAGGUCUUCCUCAUCAAACCCAUGUCAGCACAGCUGUAAAAGGCACCUUUGGAUAUCUCGAUCCAGAGUACUUCAGGACCCAACAGUUGACAGACAAGUCCGAUGUUUACUCUUUUGGUGUCGUUCUUCUGGAAGUGCUAUGUGCCAGACCAGCUAUCAAUCCCUCACUUCCAACGCAGCAAAUGAACCUAGCUGAAUGGGUGAUGGUUUGGCAGAAGAAAGGAUUACUUGAACAGGUUAUUGAUCCUUUGCUCGUGGGUAAAGUCAAUCUCAACUCACUAAGAAAAUUUGGUGAAACAGCAGAGAAAUGUUUGAAGGAAGAUGGCACGGAUAGGCCUACUAUGGGUGAUGUGAUGUGGGACUUGGAGUAUGCUUUUCAACUUCAACAAACUGCAAUGCAGAGGGAGCCAUUAGAGGACAGCACAAACGAUGCUGCUUCCACAUUUCCAUUGCCUACCAUUCAGCGUUAUCCUUCAUAUAGCUUAUCAAUUUCAGACAUCCAUGGGCCCCAAAGGAGGGACGGCAGUUCAGAGACAACAGAAAGCGAAGUUUUCUCCCAGUUGAGGAUUGACGAUGGCAGAUAAUUUCAUUGUCUUUGAGGCAAGGUUAUGAGUUCAUGUUUGUUCAGCUUUCACACACUGUUGUCGGAGUGGAAUCAGUGAUUUAGUUUGUGAAUUGCUUAAGAUGUCGUUGUUUCUAAUGAGCUCAAGGGACUAGUAUAUUAGCCUUGAUAAGUUGGCAGAUUAGCUUGUGUCAAAUAAAUUUCAGUUUUAGGAGAAAUUGGACUAAUAAAUAUCUACCCCAUUAGAAACUCUACCCCUGCUUCUCUUGUUGAUUAAUUCAUUCAAAUUACACGAAUAUUAAUGCUUCUGUUCUUUAUAUUCAGAAGAAUGUGAGAAUCAUGCCCCAGAAAUGCAGGAAGCUAAUAAAAGGGAUGCAGUGUGCUCAAUCCUCAUAAUGUAUUAUGUACCUGAGGAAUCCUUCUUAGGAUGGUUGUAAGCUUUUGAAUUUCCAUCUCCCUUCCUCUACGCUCCCUCCAGUCAAUAGGCCAGGGGAGGUUGGGCACGGCUCUGUUGGCAACCCAACUUUUACUCCUGCACUGCAAGUUCAGAAAAUGACAUCAGUGAUGAACAAUUGCAGUAAUGUGUUCUUUA